AAGAUGUGCUCCCUGCAGCUCGUGUUGGUGCUUUUCAGCAUUACAGGAUGUGUUGAACUGAUCACGGUGACGACCCCGCAGAAAUAUGUCAACGUUACAGCUGGUGGAAGUGUCCUGCUCCAGUGUGAGUUUGCUACUACUGAGGCGACAACUACCAGUCUGACAAUCCAGUGGGAUUUAGUUUCAACAUCCUUUGUGGGACAAAAGCAGAUCUGUUACUAUCAGUUAGGACAGACUGCCAUUAACAAGCCUUAUGAAGGGAGGAUUCAACCUCCCACUGCUCCUGGCACCACCAGGAAUGCCUCCAUAAUAAUGAAAAACAUGCAGGCAUCAGACUCCGGAAUCUACAGCUGUGAGGUUCACAACUUUCCCGAUGUUGACGGACAGACUCGGGCAAGCAUCAUUGUGAAUGUCCUCGAGAAACCAUCUGAUCCUUACUGCGCCGUACAUGGUGAUGUGGAAUCAGGUCACCUGGUCACUCUGACCUGCCACAGUGAGCGUGGGAGCCCGACGCCGACCUACAGCUGGACCAGACUGGAUCAGACCAAGACAAGGAGACCAGUGCUAGGAAAAACAACCAUAACUGGAAUACUGGAAAUCAAAAACAUAUCCCAGUUUGAGUUUGGGGAGUACCAGUGCAAUGCUACAAAUGCAGUGGGCUUUGCAGCGUGCACCAUUGAGCUGAGCCCUGAAGCGGGAGAUGGAGUGAUUGCAGGAGCAGUUAUCGGAGCGCUGCUCGGGUGCGUGCUGAUCAUCCUGGUUGCAUGGUUCAUUGCUCACACUGUGAAGAAACGCAAAUACAACGCUGUUAAAACGGCAGAGGCCAACGAGAUGAAGAGGAGCUCUCUUCAAGCCCAGGAGGCCUCAGACAGCACUCCCAGUGCAAACGCAGCUGGCAACCUCCACGAUGAAGUAGAAGACCCACAAGCAUAAAAACGCCACUUUAAAAGCUACAACAUUACAUUAGCAUCACUAAUCUGUAUACCAGUCGUUGACACAGAGGUAACUCAGAUGCAGUUACAGCAAUGGCGCUAAUCUUCAUGUAUGAAUUUGCGUUUUCUAUACUUAAUAGAAUU